CGUGUCGGGAAGGCGGCGCGGGAAGGUGGCUGGCGGGCCUGGCCCUCGGCGGCGGAGGGCGUCAUGGUGGGUGGGGAUGCCGCCGCGGCGGUGGAGGAGCUGGUUUCUGGGGUGCGGCAGGCGACCGACUUCGCCGAGCAGUUCCGCUCCUACUCGGAGAGCGAGAAGCAAUGGAAGGCCCGCAUGGAGUUCAUCCUGCGCCACCUGCCCGACUACCGCGACCCGCCGGACGGCGGCGGCCGCCUGGACCAGCUGCUGUCCCUCUCCAUGGUCUGGGCCAACCACCUCUUCCUGGGUUGCAGUUACAACAAAGACCUUUUAGACAAGGUGAUGGAAAUGGCUGAUGGGAUUGAAGUGGAAGACCUGCCACAAUUUACUACCAGAAGUGAGUUAAUGAAAAAGCAUCAAAGCUAAGACAGAAGAUCCAUCACAUUUUCAUUAUCAGCUACAGGCUAGAAAGGAAGAAUGUGACUUUGACCACAGAAGCUCUCUUACAACUCCUGGUAUUACCAACAUGUAGGGAAGAGGCAGUUGAAAUGAAAGUGGCAUUUUAAAAGGUCUCAUUCUUCCAGUAGCUAUCAUUGUAAAAGUAUGCAUGGAUAUUUAUGUAUUUAUAAAUCAUGACUUUUUAUUUUGUUUCUGAAUAUCAAACUUUUUGUUAAAAUGCAUAUUUUUUUUAUGUUGAUAUAAUAAUGGCAGGUAAUGGAUUUUAUACUUUGGAUUUCUCAACAAUGCACCUUUAAGUGUGAUUCUGGUCUUAUGGUCCUUUUUUCCCCCCCACAAACCAGACCCUUUAUUUCCUAUUGCUAUCUGAAGUUUACACCAUCCAUAUACUCCACAGUCACACACACACUCAUUUUUAAAGAGAUGAGAGAAUCAAACCAUAGGCUGCAAGUACCCAUCAGCUCAUGGGAAGAGGCAGCCUGCAAAAGAGCAUCUGAUCUUAUUUUUAAACUGACAAAAGAUUCCUUAGUUUGAUCCAGGCAGCCAGUUCAUCUGUAGAUUCUCUAGAACAGGGGUCCUCAAACUUUUUAAACAGGGGGCCAGUUCACUGUCCCUCAGACCGUUGGAGGACCGGUCUAUAGUUUAAAAAAAAACUAUGAACAAAUUCCUAUGCACACUGCACAUACCUUAUUUUGAAGUAAAAAAAAAAAAAAAACGGGAACAAAUACAAUAUUUGUAUUUGCAUGUGGCCCGCGGGCCGUAGUUUGAGGACCCCUGCUCUAGAAGGUCUCCGAGCUGCUGAGUAAAGGCCUCAUUUCCCCGCCCCCGGAGGGAGCCUUACGCUCUUGUCUUCUACUAGACUCGAGGAAUUGCCAAGCACAAAGAAAUUCUUUAUUGCAGUGCUGCUUUGCUCUGAAAUUUUGGUAUUUAUUUCCCCCUUUUAGUUAAUGUACCUAUUCUUUAUCCCUCUCCUGUUCCUCUUUCCUAUUUAGCAUCCACCAUUAAGUAUUUAUUCCAAGCAUAAGUACUGAGAGAGGGACAUCAUUUAGGAGACAGCAGUGUAAUAGCCAGUCACAGUAGGAUUCUCGCAUCAGGGUGCUUGGUCCUGAGGAUAGUAGUAAAUAAGACAGUGGAUCCUGCUUUAGUUUAACUUAUUGAAAAACCCAGGUACCUGAACAACCAGAAGUGCUAACGAGGAGAGCUGACUGUGGGAGCAUGGUGUCUGGUGGCAGAGAAAUGGGAUGACUCUUACCAUGGCUUAAUCCAGGCUGCACACCUUGGAUGGGCCUCAUCUUUGUGCAACUUUUAGCUCAUCUCUAGUGACCACUGGAGUGGACCAAGUUGGGAGAAACAAGAUCUCUGACCUAUAACUCUGGACAAGCCACUUCUUCCCUCCAGCCUUAUCUGAAAUGGAGAUCAUAGAAAUUACUACUACCAGAGCUAUGGCAAGGAUUAAGAUGGAGGGCCAAGCACAUGCUUAAUGAGCCUUAACCUCUUCAUUUUUUCAAACAUAGCCUAGUCUCUUUCAUUCUAAUUAUUUGUAGAAAUUUGUGAGGCUUAAAAGGCCAAAUUACAAAGUGGAAAGUCAGAGUGUGGUUAUUGCUUUUUAAAAAUGUUUUUGUUGAUUCUGGAGAGGGGAGAGAGAGAAAUAAAAAUUGGCUGCCUCCUGCACACCCCCUACUGGGGCUCGAGUCCACUACCUGGGCUUGUGCCCUGACUGGUAAUCAAACCUCAUGACUUCACUGUGCACAGGAUGACACUCAGCCAACUGAGCCACACCGGCCGGGGCUGAUUAUUCACUUUUAAAAUGCGUUUUUCCAUGGGUUUCUCAUGAUGCAUCCUUUUUUCUCUAGAAGAUAUAAUGUCCCAUUAAAUUAAUAAUAUCCCAUCAGGAAUAUAUCUAUUGCAUACAGCAAGCUUAAAUUGUAUACUGAUGGAUAAACUUCUCCACCUCCAUCCCCAUCAGUUUAUUUUUGAAGACUUUGCUAACCAAAAUCAAAUUUUCUAAUACCAUUUUCUGAUGCAUUUUUUCAUUAUUUCCUCAGUUUAAGCAGCUCCUUUUUCUUCUCAUCUUUAUGACUGAUAUGGCUAUCUUACCUACAAAAUUAAAUAAUAUUUUACAAUUUUA